UGUUAUUAAAAGCAGAUUUUGUCUAUAUUCUCUUCACUUAACUAAUGACCUUCCUUUGCUCACAGAAAAGCAAAGACGCGAUACUCAAUCUGAAAAGAUGAAAAAGACUGAGCUGCUUUCAAAUGCUAAUCAAAUGAGCACAGAAGACUAAUGCAGAGAAUUAAUAAGAAUGUGGUUUUGGCUCUUCUUACUUUGACAAGUUCUGUGUUUCUCCUGUUCCAGUUGUACUAUUAUAAGUACUACUUAUCUCCAAAGAAUGGAACUGUUUUUUCAAAACGUAAAGGAAGCCGGUCAGGACAAGAUCGAGCACAAUGGCACGUGAUUAAGAAAUUCCUUGGUUUAGUGUCCAGUCACAAUGUACCAGUGUAUCUCAUUGAUCCUUUGGUUCUGGGACUAAUUCAUAAAGACUUUGAACAGCUCAGCAGCUCUUCUGAUGGCGUGAGCCCAGAAUGCAAGUAUUUCUGUGCUCCAAGGGACUUCACUACCUUUGCACUACUGGACAAAACAUGGAAACAUGAAGUGAGCUUGUUUAGAGCUGCUGAAAAAAUGGGAUUCCAGUGGCUAAAGAUACAGAACAAAGACCCCCGUUUGGAAGGGAUGGAUGACCUCUCUGGGACUGAAAUUCCCUUCCACUAUAUCUUCAAACUGGCAGCUCAUGCCAUCCACUUGGUGGUCUUUUAUGAGAGGAGUGGUAACUAUGUCUGGCAUGGCCCACUGAGGCUGAAGCAACAUGUAGACAGAAAAUUUGUGCCUUUCCGAAAGCUACACUUUGGUCGCUACCCUGGAGCUUACAACAAGCCAGAACUACAACUACUGUUCAUUGAUGAUGUAAAAGUUCAGAUUCCAAAAAAUCCAUCUGAAUUUAUAGAGGAGAUGUCACACUCUCGGUUUCUUGAAUGUAGGUACAGAGAGGCUCGGGCUUUCUUUCAGCUGUAUCCUGAUGAUGCCUCUCUUGAUGCAAUGGUUUUCAGGAAAAAAGCCAAAACAUUGCUGCAUCUGGCUGCCCUGACACUAAAUAACUUAGGAGUGAGAUUCUGGCUGAGCAGUGGAACAUGCCUUGGCUGGUAUAGACAGUGUAGUAUUAUUCCUUACAGCAGAGAUGUGGAUUUGGGGAUCUUCAUACAAGACUAUAAAUCUGAUAUUAUUCCAGCAUUUCAGAAGGCAGGACUACCACUGAAGCACAAGUUUGGCAAGGUAGAAGACAGCUUGGAACUCUCCUUUCAGAGAGAAGAUGAUGUGAAACUUGAUAUUUUUUUCUUCUAUGAAGAGGAUGACCACAUGUGGAAUGGAGGAACUCAAGCUAAAUCGGGCAAGAAAUUUAAGUAUCUGUUUCCUAAGUUUACACUGUGUUGGACUGAGUUUGUAGAACUCAAGGUACAUGUGCCUUGUGAAACCGUCCAAUAUGUUGAAGCCAACUACGGCAAAGACUGGAAGGUACCUGUGAAGAUGUGGGACUGGAAAAGCUCUCCAUCCAAUGUGCAGUACAAUGGGAUGUGGCCUGUUGAUGAAUGGGAUGAUGUCAUUCAAGUCUUCUGAUCCUAUGGACUUAACCAGGAUUUAUUUGGUACCAUUGGACCGAUCCAUGCUUAAUUUGCCUCACUCCAAAAUGUCAAGAUCAGUUUUCAUCCAUUUCUUCGGGAGAUCUUGGUGGAUGCACUACUCACGAUAGUUACAUCUGGCACUCUGAGACAGCUAAAGGAAAAGAAUGAAGGUAGUAUGUGUGAAUUGAGAAGACUAGCUAAAAGGAAAGAGAUACAACAAAAGGAAUGUAAGAAAGAUCGAAGUGGGGAUAUAGGUAGGAAAAAAUUUUACUCAAAGCCCAUCCAAAUGGCUCAGCAGGCUUUGUCUCACAGAGGGAAGGGUGUAAUUUCAGAAAUUCAGCACUGAAAUAUUAGAGUGGUGGUCACCAUACCUUACAUAGGCAAAUUGAGCUAAAGCAUCCCUCUCGCAGUUGUGGCAAUCAGUCUGACUUCAGAAGUCACUGGCAUGUGUCCAGUUACUCAGAGCACAUGUGACUGCUUUGUGAAAGGGCACAACUAAGGUAGCUAGGGAUUCAAAGGUAGCCCUAGAUGAAAAGCUGGAGAAGACACUGAAGAGUCCUAUCCACAUCAGAGGAUGUGUGGGCUUUCUUAAUAUGCCCGUGGGAAAGUCUGAGCUUAGGGCCUAUUUAAGAAAAAUAGAGAGAUUUUUCUAUUAACCACUUUAUGUAGAUGUGUCAGGGAAUACUAUUGACAGUUUAGUUUUUUAUGCAGAACUGUAUGCUAUCAGAGGGCACCUCAUAUAAAAGAAGAGUCCAUCAUUCUGCUCUCUGAUGCUCUAAACCAUGUGUCUCAGCCUGGGAGUUUCAAACAGAUUUAUAAGGUCACAAUCACCCUACUUUUCUUUGGAGUUUGAGAGGAGUGGAGUCCUGACACUUCUUUGUUGUUGUUGUGUCUUGGAGUCAUGUUGUGGACAAGGUUGAGAAUCACUACUCUCAUCUUUGAGUGUAAACACCAGGCUGUUACUUUGUAUACAGCUGACAAUUCUUCUCUUAGAUUUACAAUAGUGUAAUCAAAGACUACUGCUGGUGCAUCACUGGAUUUAAAAAUCUAACGGUCUCUUCUUUCAUUGCUACUUGCAUUUUUAGUCAGUACUUUCUUGUUUUGGGAGGGAUUGCUGAGUAAUAGCUUCUGUCUAAGCCCAUGCUUAAAUCGUUCAGUGUGACAGGUCUAAAGUACAGGCAGUCCCCGAGUUACGCGGAUCCGACUUACGAA